UUCAGUCAUAACUAAUACCGGAAUGCGGUGAGAUCGAGGGACGACUACCUGUUUACAUUCAUGGUGAGACCUCUAGGCUUCUGCGUGCCUGUGUGUCUAUAUUAUCUGAAGCGGACGCCACAAUAACCUGUUAAACGAAGACAUAACCUUCAUCAAUGAGGACAUUAGACAUGGCUGUGUUCAAACAACAAAGAGUGGAAGAUUUCUAUGAGAUAGGUGAAGAGCUGGGGAGUGGGCAGUUUGCCAUUGUGAAGCGCUGUAAAGAGAAGAGUACAGGCGUAGAGUAUGCUGCCAAGUUCAUCAAGAAGCGCCAGAGCAGGGCGAGCCGCAGAGGCGUUCGCCGAGAGGAGAUCGAACGAGAAGUCAACAUCCUGCAGCAAAUCCAACACCCCAACAUAGUCACCCUGCACGAUGUUUACGAGAACCGUACAGAUGUGGUGCUCAUCCUAGAACUCGUGUCUGGAGGGGAGCUGUUUGACUUUCUGGCUCAGAAGGAAUCUUUGAGUGAAGAGGAAGCCACGGAAUUUAUCAAACAGAUCCUCGAUGGAGUUCAGUAUCUCCACUCCAAAAAAAUUGCCCAUUUUGAUCUCAAGCCAGAAAACAUUAUGCUGCUUGAUAACAACGUUCCCCUCCCACGAAUCAAACUGAUCGACUUUGGCUUGGCACAUAAAAUCGAGGAUGAUGUGGAGUUCAAAAACAUUUUUGGAACCCCUGAAUUUGUUGCUCCAGAGAUAGUGAACUAUGAGCCACUGGGAUUAGAAGCAGAUAUGUGGAGCAUCGGCGUCAUCACAUACAUCUUGUUGAGUGGGGCUUCCCCUUUUCUGGGUGAUUGCAAACAAGAGACUCUUGCCAAUAUUUCAGCAAUGAACUAUGAGUUUGAUGAGGAAUUUUUUGGCAGUACCAGUGAACUGGCCAAGAGUUUCAUCAGGCAACUUUUAGUCAAAGACCCGAGAAAGAGACUUACGAUUCAAGAUGCUCUCAACCAUCCAUGGAUAAAGUCUCACGAACUUCAGGUGGAGGAGAACGGUCUAGCCCACGCCGUCCAGAGGAACGGUGAACCUCGGCAGCUGAAGACCAAACGUUUGAAAGAAUACACCAUCCAGUCCCACUCCAGCAUGCCUCCCAACAACACCUACGUCAACUUUGAACGCUUCGCCCGCGUGGUGGAGGAUGUUGCCUUGAUGGAGACUGGCUUGGAGGAGGUGACAGAGGCACGGGAGUCGCUCCAAGGAGACAUUGAGGCGCUCCUCUCCAUUUAUAAUGAAAAGGAGGCCUGGUACAAGGAGGAGAACGAGAGCGUGCGGCAGAGUCUCUCCCAGCUGCGUUAUGAGUUUCGUAAGGCAGAGGCUGUGAGGAAAGGGCUCCAGGAGGACCUGAGGGCGGCUGAUGCCAGCUUGGCCGGCAUUAGUGGUCGCUAUCUGGAGAGGCAGACCCACCUCAGCUCCCUCAGACAGGAGCUAAAUGCAGAGCUGCGUUGGCUGCAGGAGGUCAUGAGCUCCCUGCGAGGAGAGGGGGGCAACGGACACAGUGCCAUCAACAGCUUUACCCCAGGCCUUAAUAAUGAGGUGAAUGAGGCCCUUAAGGAGCUGCUGAACCGGGCCUGUGGAGGGGAAUUGUGUUCGGGAGCCAAAGCUGAUGUCUCAGAGUCUAGCUAGGUUAGGUUAGUGCAAGGAUUU